AUGGAGGGAAAGAGAUCCAAUCCUCAGCCCAAGAAAGGUCCUAGCCACGAGCGGGGGGGAAGACGUGCAAACCCCGGCGAGCAGGAGCUGAAAGAGGAGCAGCAGCGGCGACAGUGGCGGCAGCAGCAGCAGCGGAGAAAGCUGGGUGCCUGGCGGGGUCUUUUGAAGCCUUGUUUCAUCAUCAUCUUCCUCCUGUCAUGUAGCAUCACCCUCCAUGCAGAGUAUCCGCGGACUUCCUCCUUUUCUGGCGAGUAUGGGGGCAAAGGUGGAAGCCGCUUUUCUCAUUCUGGGAACCAACUUGAGGGGGCCAUGACAGCUUUAAGGAUCCGGGUUAGCCGUAAUUACAUUGUGGGACUUCAGGUCCGUUAUGGAAAGGAGUGGAGUAACUACGUCGGUGGCACUUCAGGAGAUCUGGAGGAAAUCUUCCUGUACCCAAGGGAGUCCAUCAUCCAAGUAUCUGGGAAAUACAACCGUUAUCUUAACAAAGUGGUCUUCGUCACUGACGAGGGGCGCUACUUUUCUUUCGGCAGGGAUGAUGGAAUCAGUUUCAGUGGGGCACCGCUCUUCCCAAACACCGUUCUGCGUUACAUCAGUGGCCGUUCCAGUUCUGUAAUUAACGCCAUUGGAUUCCACUGGGAUAAAUAUUCUGGUGGUUGCAGCCUCUGUAAAGAGGAGGUCCAGGAACAAGAGGACAAAGAAAGAGUAGAGUAG